AUGUGUAUGCAUGAUCAUCAAGACAACGCAGGUACCGAGCCACGGCUCAGCCCUUUGGAACCAUUCCCGUGGCAUCUCGGAGUUUUCGAUGCCCAUAAUCACAUCGGCGAACGUGUUUAUUCAGUUUCCGACUUGCCUACGAUGAAAUCUCGCUCGGUAGCAAUCAUGGCAACAAGAACACAAGAUCAGCCGCUCAUUGAAGCCAUCGUCCAACAACACGGAGUGAAAGGCCCGGAAUGUUUCUCCCACGAUAAAACGACUGUCAUCGCAGGUUACGGGAGACAUCCAUGGUUUUCGCAUGAGCUUUACGACGACUCGUUGGAAAACCCUACGUAUAUACCAUCUGAUGAUGUUGAUGCUGCAAAAGGUCGCCAUUACAAGGCAGUACUUUCACCAGCCCCAGAAGAUCCAGCAUGGUGGCACGAUCAACCAGUUCCUAUCGCCCUUUCGGAGUUCAUCGCUGAAACCAGAGCCCGGCUUAUACGGGAUCCAUUUGCAAUGGUCGGCGAAAUUGGUCUGGACAAGCCCUUCAGGUUGCCAAUGCAGUGGACUGAUCCAAGACCACCCAGAGAUGCCGCACGCACGGAAGGAGGACGCGAGAGAAGACCUCUUAGCCAGCACCGUAUACAAAUUCCGCACCAAAAGGCUAUAUUCAUGGCUCAUUUAAAACUUGCUGGUGAGCUUGGAAGGGCUGUCAGUGUCCACGGUGUUCAAGUACAUGGACUUUUGUACGACGCCUUGGCAGAGUGUUGGAAGGGACACGAACUCAAAGGUCGACGCGCGAGGGACAAAGAAAGGAAAGAAAAUACUCAAACGGCCGAUGUUGAAGAGGUAACUUCGAAGCCAUAUCCUCCGCGUAUUUGUCUCCACUCCUUUAGUGGUAAAGAAGACGCCGUGAAGCAGUAUCUUAAACCUUCGAUCCCUGCAAAGAUAUUCUUCUCGUUUUCUAAAGCAAACAAUCUGGGUACGGAUAUGGGAACGGAAAAGACCAAGGAUGCCGUGAAGGCGGUGCCUGAUAAUCGAAUCUUGGUCGAGAGUGAUCUUCACACGGCCGGUCAAAGGAUGGAUAACGAGCUUGAGGAGAUGUAUAGAGCAAUAUGCGAGUUCAAAGGGUGGACACUGGAACACGGUGUAGCGCAGAUAGCAAAGAACUACACUGAGUUUAUAUUUGGCUAG